CGGGCAUCUCUUCUCCGCCGAGAGAGAAGAGAGCGAGAGGGGAGGAAAAAAAAAAAAAGGCCGGAGCGCGCGCGUGCGAGAGAGAGAGAGCGAGCAAAAAAGAAAAGAAAAAGCGAGCGAGCAAGCGCCAACCCCGCCCGCCAGUUAGCCCGCCAGCCCGCCCGCCCGCCAGCCAGCCAGGGACACGCGGCGGCUGUGGGAAACUCCAGAAGUCCCCUCAUGGCAGCGGCGCGAGCAGGGAAUCCCCAGGAAUUGCCUCGCGCCUUCCAGCUGUUGGUGUUGCUGCUGACGCUGACGCCGAUUUGCGAAGCGGCUUCGGCUGCUGCUGCUGCUGCUGCUGCUGCUACUCCCUGGCGGGGCUUCUCUUCCUCCUCCUCCUCGUAGGAGUCGCUGCAAGACAUCUCCCGCAGUCUUUCGUCCAAAGGACCCUUUUUUUUUUUUUUUAAACGCGACUAUUCCACUUGCAAUAUACUGUGUGUAUAUACAUAUAUAUGUGUAUACUAUAUAGAUAUAGAUCUAGAUAUAUAUUUCUCCACAGAUAGUUUAAAUUAGAUAGCCGUUUUCUGUGCCUUCCGACCACACAGCGGCUCUUCACACGUUAAUGAGGCAGCCGCCCCCCGGCGAGUUUGACAUGGCACUCAGCGGCACCCUCCUCCCUUCCAUCUCCACCUUCGCCACGGCGGGCACGGCCGGCAGGGAAAAAGCCUUGAGACAAGCAGGUGGCCACAACAAGUGGAGGGAGGAGCUUUCUCACCUCAAGCGGUUCCCCCCUGUACUGACAGGACGGCAUUUUGACUUCUCUUCUGAGCUGGAAAACACCAUAAACGGCAACAGUGGGACUAUGUCAAGGCGGGAGACGGAGGAAUUGAAUGAGCUUCUGGACUUUGAUUUCAUCUUGUCAAAUUCCCUGAUGCCCCAGGAGCAGCCCACAGCUGCUGCUGCAGUUGUGAGCGCUCCUGGUUCUUCGCCCUCUGUCGCAAGUAGCACCUGCCCUCCUGUGACCACCUGUGAUUUUUCCUACCAGCUGCAAAGGGAAGAUCAUCCUGGAGGUAUAAUGUACACUAGAGAACAUGCUCCAGCUGCCCCCUUCAACCUGGCUGAUAUAAAUGAUGUGUCCCCUUCGGGUGGAUUUGUAGCUGAACUGAUGAGGCCAGAUCUGGACCCUGUUUACAUGCAACAGCAACAGACUCAGCAGCCGCCUCCUCCACCACCUCUUCCACUAGGCAGCCUUCACGGGAAAUUUGUGUUGAAGGCUACGGUGAACAUGGGAGAAUGCAAUAACCAUAUCAAGAACAGUGUUGCUUCUGCAGCUUCCCCCUGCACGGAUGGACCUGUGCCCCCUUCUGUGUACAACCAUGUGCCCAGAAUGUGCCCCAAAAUCAAGCAAGAGGCAGCCCCUUCGUGCACCAUGGGCCAAUCCCAUGGGAAUAGUCCAAGGGCCCAACCGCACGAUUUCUCUUUGGGUCGGCCAUUACCUAGUAGGACUAAUCCUCCCUUGACUCCAGAGGAGAUGAUGUCUCCUAGAGACUGCCACCCUUCCCCCCAGGGCUUAAAUCAUUCGACUCUUCCACUUCCUCCAGGCUACCAUCCUGGCCCGGCCUACCCUCCUUUUCUUCCAGAGCAGCUGCCGCCCAACGCCCUCCAGUAUCAAGGUCAGUCUUGCUAUCUAAAUGUUUUUGGAGAGCCUUUAAAUAUGCCUCGCUUGGUACAAGGGAUGAUGCUGACUCCGCCCUCUUCACCUCUAGAGCUGAUGCCUUCGGGGACCUGCCUCUCUGAAGAGACCAAGCCCAAAAGGGGACGGAGGUCAUGGCCCAGGAAAAGGACUGCCACACACACCUGCGAAUACGCAGGCUGUGGUAAAACGUACACAAAGAGCUCUCACCUCAAAGCACACCUUCGGACCCAUACAGGUGAGAAGCCCUAUCACUGUGACUGGGAAGGCUGUGGCUGGAAAUUUGCCCGCUCCGAUGAACUUACACGUCACUACAGAAAACAUACGGGCCACCGCCCUUUCCAAUGCCAGAGGUGUGACAGAGCAUUUUCCAGGUCUGACCACCUCGCCUUACACAUGAAGAGACACUUUUGAGGAGGACACAAGGAACUUUACCCUUACAGCAUGGAGAAGAUACAGUAUUUGACAGCACAAGGACUGUCUUCCACACGAGGGAAGGACUCCACUUUUAAAGCACUACAGAAAACCCCAGUGAAGUCUUCCAAAAAAAAAUAAAGGGGGGGGGUUUCAAAAAGAAUGAACAAUCUUAAACAAAUGUGGAUUUUUUUUUAAUAAAGGGAACAAUGACUGGAUUUAAAAUCAUCAUUCCAUUUUUAAAAAAAUCUGACUUGAAUCUUUUUGGACUACAGAAUGCCAAGGACUGACUGGAAGUCAAGGAUAUCAGGGUUAACACAAAUGUUGAGGGAGGGAGGGAGGGAUGAAUG